AUUGUAACUUGGGGUGUGACUCAACAGUCACCAAGUUGAGAAAAAAUUAGGAAGAUAGCAAUUUCUUGACUCAAUGAGUCAGUUGAGUUGAGAACCUUCUCACAAAAUCAGUAUGGACUAUGGAGCAUGAUUUUAAGACUCGGCAACGUGUACUGACUUGUUCAGUCCAGAGUAGAUUCACAACUCAGCUGAGUCAGGGCUCUACAUGAAGAGCCCUGUCCCAUGAGUAAUUUGUUUUUGCUUGAAUGUGAUGAAGCUUAUCGAUAGUUUACUGUUGUGAAAAUUUGUCUCUUUGUUGGAGCAAGCUUCUUUUGAUAAGAAGAAGUCUGUUACCUACAUGAAGAGGUAUAUCAAGCUGUUGACUCCUAAGUUGGAGGGAGAGCAUCAGGAACAAUUUAAGAAGAACAUUGAGGGAGCAACAAAGUUUCUACUUUUGAAGCUCAAGGACCUUCAAUUGGUAGAGCAAGGGAAGCACGAGAGAUCAAUAAAAGCUUGCUUACACUUGGUCGUGUCAUUAAUGCACUUGUUGAGCAUUCUGGUCAUAUUCCAUGCAGGGAUAACAAAUUCACGAGGUUACUGAGGGAUUCCCUGGGAGGAAAAACAAAAACAUGCAUAAUUGCAACCAUAUCACCUUCCAUACACUGCUUGGAAGAGACACUCGACACUCUAGAUUAUGCACACCGUGCAAAAAAUAUCAAGAAUA